CACACACACACUCCUCCCUGAUGGCUACGAAAUGCUCUUUCACCUUUAUUUUCAGAAGGUGAUCCUCCUUCUUUACUGCACAGCUUUGCUGUGGGGAUUUCCUCUUUCUGCAUUAGCGAUUAGCUCUAGUUCUUCAGCAGCUGGAUGGAGGAGAGCAGAAGCAUGCUGGCCGGGGAUCAGCUUUAUUACAGACGGGAAAGAGACUGUAGACCGCAGCCCUGAACAUCCAUCCAUUCGCUUCAUCUCUACCCAUUCCUCCAUCCCUCCCCAUGCCCCGUUAGCGGAUUAGCAGCACCUCUUCUCUCCCAGCAUGACUUCGGUGUGGAAGAGACUGCAGCGGGUGGGCAAAAAAGCCACCAAAUUUCAGUUCGUGGCUUCAUAUCAGGAGCUUGUUCUGGAAUGUACGAAGAAAUGGCAGCCAGACAAACUGAGGGUUGUGUGGACAAGAAGAAACAGACGCAUCUGUUCAAAGCUGCAUGGUUGGCAGCCGGGGAUUAAAAACCCAUACAGAGGGAUGGUUGUGUGGCCGGUGCCCGAAAAUGUGGACAUCACAGUUACAAUCUUUAAGGAUCCUCAUGCAGAUGAAUUUGAAGACAAGGACUGGACUUUUAUUAUUGAAAAUGAGACAGCAAAGGGUCACCGGAAGGUUCUAGCAUCAGUGGAUGUGAACCUGAAGAAGUUUGUGAGUGCGACAGUGACACAGACAGACCUGAGCCUGAGGAUGAAGCCUCUGUCGGUUAAAGUGGUAGAGGCCACGCUCAAACUCUCACUGUCCUGCGUCUUCCUCAAAGAGGGAAAAGCUACUGAUGAAGACAUGCAGAGUGUGGCCAGUCUGAUGAGCGUGAAGCCACUGGAUAUUGGAAACUUGGAUGAUUUUAAUGAAAGUGAUGAGGAUGAGGAUAAACAAUCCAGUACAGCAGCCAUCACAGCUUCCUCUGGUUCUGACCAGUCAGCAUGUAGCAUGGAGAAAAGGCCCUCAAUAAAGAGUUCAUCAGCUACAGGCAAUGUUGUCUCUAUGUUGGGUAUUUCUAAAGGGUCCCUUCAGAUCCGUCCUCCUUUACCCCCUGCACCCAGUACAUCCCUCUGUCCAGCACCCUCCCCAACCACCCAUGCCAAACCUCCUCGAGCCCCAACCCUGCAAGGGGUGACAUUGCCCUCCAGCUGCACACCCCCCAACCCUCCGACUCCAAAGGGAUUGCCUUCACCCUCAUGCAUCAUUCUUACCAACCCUCCAACUGCACAGGAAUUGCCCUCACCCUCCUGUAGAACACCUACCAACCUUCCUGCUCUGAAGCAGGUGCCUUUCUCACCCCCACCAGCCUUGCAGGGGUCAUACUCAACCUUCUGCCGCACACCUCUUAAUCUGACAACUCUAAUGGGGGCAACCUCCUCAUACCCUCCACCCCUAAAGGCGCCUUUGUCCUCUCCCUUACCCACUCCAGCACCACAAGGGGUACCAUUAAGCCCCCAAAUGCCCAGCCCACCCCCAGCACUGCCCAGAAUAUUCCAGCCCCCACCUGGCUCAGCACCUGUCAGUUUCCAGAGGAGGCUCUCUGGUUCUGAAGCUCAGGAUGCCUCUGAGCCUACUCCUUUCAAACCCCCUGCAUCCCCUUCUCCACCCACACCCACCGACAGUCUCCAAGAUCUCUUUGCCCCUGCUCCUUUUUAUGUUUUUAAACCGAAGAUCAUUCAGGAAUACAUAUCUCCCUCUCCUGUUCCUUUUUAUGAGCCUUGCUCUCUGUCUCUUUCUGACACAUCAAAUCAUCCAUCUGACAUGGUUUCAGAUUUAAAUUCGCCCGAGGCUCUGCCUAAUGUUAAGAGCACUGAGGCCUGUCCACCUUUGACCCUGAGCCAGGCCGGGAAUCACCAGCGCCUCCCUCGGACUGCCGGCAGCAUCAGUAUCGCAGAGUCUUCACCAAAGACUAGCAGAGAAGAUUUUCCAGGAAAACAUAGUGCUGUUAAAGACCCAUGUCUGAAGCUGAACAGCAACCCAGGUGCUGUUUCUCCUGGAUGGAAUGUUACAGAGGUUUCUGGAUCAAAUACAGAGUCUCCAGCCCAUCCUCCUCCUCCGUGGCCUCUCUCUGUCUCAGCUUCCAAGCAGAAACCCAUGGCCUCCACUGCGGUGCUAAUUGCGAAGCAACAGGUGGCCAAGAAGCUGCCACUGACUGAUGAAGACACAGAUUUUAAGGAGUGGAUUUCCACAGUGACUCCGAAGCAUGAACCUAAAGACCUCCAACCUAUUCCAGAAAAACCUGUGACCUGUAUAUCUGCACUGAAGGCCAUUGAUGAAGAACUAUCCCUAAACACUACUGUUGUUUCAGAUAUAGCUUCGUUGGCAGAGGUCAUUGCUGCUCCUGUGCUGUUUAGAACUCAGACUAACCAUCAGGAAAAAAAACAAGCAGAACUUACUCUCUCCAGCUGGGCUAAGGUUCCGCUCUUCAUAGAGGAGAACCAAAAUGAUCAGACUCAGAAGCAAAUAUCAGAACCACCCACAAUUCUGAGUGAGGAGGCACAUGUUUGGAGCACAGAGUCAAUCAGUGCUGCAGGUGUUAACAGGUUAGAUGAGGGGAAAGCUCUGAUUAGAAACAUGCAGACAGAAAGCGGCCCCUUAGUAUUGCCCACUGUAACGAGCCCAGGAACUGAAAACCGUCCGAGGACAGAGAAGAAAACACCUCCACAGGCUUCACAGACCUGUCCGGAUGAGGGUCAGGGUGGGCAAGCUGAUUGGUCUAUAGUAGGUCAUUUGGACAAGACUGCUGUACCUGAAUCCAGUUCAAAUGAAACUCAUCUGGGUUUGGAGCCUCUGCCUAGACAAGCCAAGCCCAACACUGACCAUCAUACAGACACUUCCCUUGAGCAGUUUACCCCCACCUUUGUUCCCCAGCCCCUGGCAUCCAGACCCCAAAUCAACUCUUUAGCACAAGCUGUACAGAACUGCCCCCAGCCGUGCAGCGCUCUGGAGGACUCAGAUCUUCCUGUAAAGAGAGAGGACCCAUGGGUGACUGGAGAAAUGAUUAACGAUGACAAAACCAUGAAAUGUGACAACAGUAAGGCUGAAGCUCUGAUUGGACAAACGGUACCAGAUGGAGGAGGAAAAAACAUUGACCAGGUAGAAGACAUAAAGAAGAAUGAACCACCUGAUGAGAGAGCAGCCUUUGCUUUUGUAAAAGCACAACUGAAAAGCAACAUUGCAGAUCAGGAGCUGAAGGAGGAAGAUGAUAAAAGUGAUUUUUCUUGUUGGGUACAAUCUGUAUCUCAUGGUCCAGGUAGUCCAUCUAUCUCAUUGCCCUUAGAGAACCUUUCAUUUGCUUUAAGCACAACAUUAAGCAACACAUUUUUUAAAACAGAUCCAAAAGUUCAGGUCACACCUGAACCCGACAGUCCAAUAUGGACUAGUUUAGAAAAAAAUGUCAAGAAGAACGAAGACCAGGAGAUGAGUUCAGGCAAACUGAAAGCUCCUCAGGCUAAUCUGGAUGAAGGCUGCUCUGAAGAGGGAUUAGGGGAUGAAACCCAACCAAAGGCGCCUCAAGACUACCCUGUAAACCAGCAAAGUGAAGAUAUUAGCAAUUGCUCUUUAAGAUCCAGUGAGAAGACUACAAAUGGAGUUGCUGUUCAAACAUUCAAGAUGGAAGGUCCUGCAUUAAAAAACAGCUUUCCUGACUCUGGGGUCGGUCCGAUUGAGAACACAGAACAGAACCAGAACCUUCCACAUACUUCUCAUAAAGAUGAAAACAGUAUUUCAGAAAGAGAGGAGCUUUUACUUGAGCCGGAAUUGACCACUAUGAAGCAGAACCUUCAGCCUGAAGAGGAGUUUUCUCCUGGUUUGGUGAGGGGGAUAUUUGGAGUUUUGUACAAAGGUUAUGAGACAGUGGCUUCCAUACUGAUGCAGCCAUUCCCUGCCGAAACCAACAAACUCUAUGAUUCCGAAGCUGGGGAGGAGGAAAACAUUGAAAUUGAAAUAUGUCCACCUGAACCUUUCUGUGAUGCUGCAAUUACAAGCCCUGCAAUGGACACUGCACAACCUGUUUAUCAUGUUGAAGGCAGUAUGAAGCCUUCAGGGGGGAGCCUGGUGGAGUGUUUGAGGCUGGCAGCCUCAGAGGUUGAGAGAGAAGCAGGAUUUUUUGAGACAGGACCUGAAACAAGCACUAAUAAAAUAGCAGUUUCUGAAGAAAAGGAGAUUGAGUGUUCACCAACAAUAAAAACCCAAUCCAGGAAGGAUAAAUCACAGCCUGAAGAAACGUUAAGUGUUGAGAUCACUAAGUGUUCUCUUGUUCCAGAAACUGAUGAGAGAAUGAGUAAUAAGGAUGUGUUUGGGCUUUCCUCAACUAAAGACUUCGCUCCAUUGAAAGAGGUUGAUUUUGAUAUGAUUGCAAGUGAAGAAUGCUUAGGUAAAGCUAAUGAAGAUGAACUUCAUGAAAACAAAGAUGAAGAUUGGAUGAAAUCAGGCUUUCAGAGAAAAGAAGUUUUUCUAAGGCCAUUAAGCAUGCCUGAAGCUUUGGCAGACGAGUUAGAGUUUGAGACGGGUGAGGAGGAUGCAGGCACAGUCUGGCUGGCUGAGCUCUAUAUGAGCAAUGGCCCCAAGGAAUCUCUGCCAGUUGACCCGAGUCCAGUCCAGCUAGCAGCAAUGACUAGUAAACAGCUUGCAACAGAUGUUGAGUCACUAGCAGAGAUUCUACAAGCUACAGAUGUUCCAUUUUUUCAAAACGAGAAGAAAGAGACAACCCCGCCGGUGCCUUUACAGGAAGUUGGCCCUGAUGCUGGCAACGAAAGCCACAAGCCUGUCUCUGCUGCCAAAGCUCCAGAUUCUCUACAGGGCAACAAAUUUUUUUUUUUUACUGCAUCAGCUCCCAAGGAGGAGAGUGCUAGGCUGGGUAAAGAAGGCAUGAUAGAAACUGGUUUCUUCUUAGUAACUGAAACCACUCCUGAGGCCAGCAGGGGUGUUAAUGUAUCUGACAUAGUAAAUGACACAGAUUUGGUCGAGGCCACAUCUACAAUAUUUGAAGAACAGCCAGAUGAAGUGAAAGUUGAGAAGGAGGGUGGCUCAAGAAAGGACAUUUCUCCAAGAAGCUCAGUGGUGCCAUGGCCUCUGCCACCCUCAAAUUUGGAGAAACCUCCUGAGUCUUCAAAGAAAACUGCCAAAGAGGACCCCAAUGUUUUAGAAGAGAAACUCCUGCUGGCCAAGAUUUGUCAAAUGGCAGAGGACAUUGAAGAUAAUGAGGGAAGAAAUGAUCCACUCCUUGCUCCUGUUCCUCAUCCCAGAAAACGUCUCACUCCUUCUAAGUCUGACUUUGAACUCCCCUCAACUCCUCCUCUCCCAUGCAGGACAGAUGACACCAAACUGUCUGAUCUUUCGGAGGACCAAAAUAAUUUGACUUUGGCUCAGGCUACUGACCUUUCAGCAUCAGUGACCUCUAGUGAAGCUGGCAAAGGUGUUGCAAAGCUAAACACUAACAAAAAGAAGCCAUUUAAGACUUUUACAGCUACCACUGAGACAGCAGAAAAAAAUAAAUCAUGGGUCAUUGCAUCAACGGGUGACCAAGGCAUGUCCCUGGAAUCAGCAGCUAAUGACAAGACCAGUGACAUUUCAAAACAGACAAAAGAAAAUGUCCCCUUUACAACUCAUUUAGUAGCACAUGAACAUACCCCAGCAGAGCUCUCUGUUCAAACAAUCCAGACAGAGGAACCAGCCAUCCGAGCUCAAACUGUGGAGCUUGAUCUGAAGGUGACAAAAGAAGAGAUUCAGACACAGAAGUUAAAACUGUCUGCAGCCCAGGGUGAUUUGUCCAGUUUGCUGUCAAAAUCUUUUGGAUCAACUGUCUCAGGAGCCUCUGAACAUGGAUCUGCACAACACCCCUGGAGUCAGUCUCCCACCGAGAAUACCAACCAGGCUGCUGAUGAUCAAGAGUUAUCUCCAGCUGUGGUCCCACCUAAACGCAGUAAAAAGAUCAUUCCACCACCAGUGAGCCUGCAGGAUAUAAAACCUGGUGAACCAGAGAGAGAAUCACCAGCGUUGGAUCAGGAGGUUUUGUUUGCUCUGCCUAGUCCUGGUCUGGUGACCUCAAGCCAGUCCCUGUUGGAGUGGUGCCAGGAGGUUACUAAAGAUUAUAAAGGAGUGAAGGUCACUAACUUUAGCACAUCCUGGAGAAAUGGCCUGGCAUUCUGCGCCAUCCUGCACCAUUUUCACCCAGAGAAGAUUGAUUUUGAUGUGCUCCAACCUCAUGACAUAAAGUUCAAUAACAAAAAAGCGUUUGAUGAGUUCGCCGCUCUGGGUAUCUCUCGCCUUUUGGAACCAUCAGACAUGGUCCUGCUGUCUGUUCCUGACCGGCUGAUUGUGAUGACCUAUCUGAGCCAGAUCCGCACCCACUUCACUGGACAGGAGCUUAGUGUCCUACAGAUCGAGCACAACAGCAGCCAGUCCAGUUAUGGUGUAGCAAUGCCCCCCACCAGUCCAGACGUAGAUGCUGCUGCCAGGUUCUGCGCUGUGAGACUCCAGGUUGGAGCUCUAUCAGUGGAGACCAACAGAACCCACACACAAGGGGAAAAAGGGAAACCCAAUGGUAGCCUUGUGGCCCCUCCCAGACUCAGAAGGGUGGGCAGAGUGGAAGAGAAGACACCGGAGGCAGGGCAGACGCCAGUGGCUCCGCCAAGGCAGAAUGCAUCCAGGUCGGCCCUUAGCCAAACACAUCCAGACCACGCACAAGUAAAAGGAGACUCGAUGAGGGAACCUGAAUGUCAGGAGCAGCAAAGUGAUGAGGGUAAGUCCAGUGAGAGAGGCCCAGCUGACCAGUCAGAGCGCUGUGAAGUGGACAGUCAGUCCAGGCCGCUAGAAGAUUUUCUGCAGGACACCAGUCAGUAUGUGCUGAGCGAGCUGCAGGCCUUGGAAUCAGAGCAAAAACACAUUGACAGCAGAGCGGCUCUGGUGGAAUGCAGACUGAGGCGAAUAAUGGAGUCAGGAAGUGAUAAGGACGAGGAGGAGAAGCUGAUUCAGGAGUGGUUUAUGUUGGUCAAUAAGAAGAAUGCAUUGAUCCGGAGGCAGGACCACCUGGAGUCACUGCAGGAGGAGCAGGACCUGGAGAGGAGGUUUGAGCUGCUGACGCGAGAGCUGAGGGCCAUGAUGGCUGUAGAAGAGUGGAAAAAGAGUCAGGCUCAGCAGCUCCGUGAGCAGCUACUCUUGCAGGAGUUGGUCAGUCUGGUUAACCAGAGGGAUGAACUAGUCAGGGAUAUGGAUGCUAAAGAGAGAGGGGCAUUGGAGGAGGACGCUCGACUGGAGCGUGGUUUGGAGCUCCGGCGUCGGAAGUACAGCAACAAAGAAAAGUGUGUGCUGCAAUAAUCAGCCGACCUACAGCAGUACAUCUGAAAUACAUGCUGAAGGACCCGGUCACCAAGUUAAUAGAGCACUGGACACCAAAGAGCCUUCUGACCUCUCUCAGAAACCAGAGAAUAGCCUGAUCAUCUGGACAAUCAACAUUACACUCAGUUUUACAAGAGAACCCGCUUUAGAUAGGAACGUAUCCGUAAAAUAACCUUUUCCGUUUUAAUUUUAUCUGCUGCCAAAAAGACCUUGCACGAGGAGAGCAUCUCUGUUCUCUCUCUUCUACUCAAUUGUUCUACUGUAUUUAAGUGAGACUGUGUCAUAUGUGCUGUUUUACACUUAUCCACAUAGUACCUACUGUGUUGGGAUGUCCAGAUCCAGACACAGUUUUAUUAAAAAAGGUGUUGCCUUUAAUAAGUAGAAUGUGGUGUGAUGUUCCAAGCUUUUUUACCACUGUGUUCUAUAACCUUCUGGUGCCAUCUAGUGGCCAUUGAGAUACAUUAUUUCCAGCCUUAAGCAGUGUCCUUAUUCUGUACACAUUAAAGAAUGAUUAGAGAUACAGCAAACAUGCAAAAAGUGUUAAUAUGAAUGAGUUCUAGCAAACCACUCUGAGACCCUCUAAAGAUUAGAUUAGAUCAGUAUGAGAAAUAAGAAAUUCACUUUGAUCAGAUUUGAAUGAAUCUGAAUUAGGACAUCUCUAGUGUGAACGCUGUCCGAGAGAGGGAUUGCUUAGGUAUUCCUCUGUCCUGCACUGAUGUUCAUCUUCUUAUAGGAAUGUUAUUUUAUGAUGAAAAAAAAAAAAUAAAACAAAAAAGCUGCUAAAUGAAGAACAUUAGAGAGGCUUUUUUAGACAGUCUGUUCAGAUUAAUGUAUUUGUAUUACUUGCUGCCGUGCCUUACACGUUUGAUACAAUUUUUUUGUUUUCUUCUUUUUCAUUUAUAAACUUAUUUAUAAGAAUGUUUUAUAGAUAUAUUCAAAGUACCUUUGUUACCCUUUUCCCCGUUUAUCUAUAUUCACUGAUUUAAAGCUUGAGUUAAGAACUGCCAGAACCGUGGGUUUCAUUGUUCUGGUGGGUUUUAAUAUUGCGGUACUAUUUCUACUGUGCAAACUAAAAUCAUUUGCACCUUACAGAAUGUUGUGUUCAAUAAAACUGAAUAUUGUUUGAUCA